CACGCCUGUGCUGAGUGUGGGCGGCGCUUUGCCCAGCUGGCACACCUCCGGGAGCACGGGCGUACGCACAGCGGGGAGCAGCCGUUCCGCUGCGGCCAGUGCGGCCAAGCCUUCGGGCACCGUCUAGCCCUGGCUGCGCACCAGCGCACGCACAGCGGAGAGCGCCCCUACCCCUGUGCCCAGUGCGGGUGCCACUUUGCCCAGCUGGCCAGCCUGGUGGGGCACCGCCGGCGGCACACGGGCGAGAAACCUCACGCCUGCCCCCGCUGCGGGCGCCGCUUCCGCCACCGCUCGGCCCUGCUUCGCCACCAGCGCUCCCAUGCCGGGGCCUGCCCCUUCCGCUGCGGGCAGUGCGGGUGCGGCUACACCCGCAGCUCCAACCUCCUGCUGCACCAGCGGGUGCACGCUGCUGAGUGA